UGUUAUGGAAGAAAUCAGCUGUUCUGACACAGAAGCUCCGACAGAAUUCAAUACAAAGUCAAUUUCACAAAGCUUAAGUGGCCUCUCCGUUGCUGUAGAAAGAUGCCCCCUGUGUUCAGAAGCAAGACGACCAUUCUACUGUAAAGGUUGUGUGAAUGAAGGGCAAUUCCACCACUCAACAGCAAGAUAUCCUGACAGUUACUUGGACAAGCAAAGAAUAUGGGAGCAGAAGAAAACCUUACGGGGUCAUCUCCUCGAAGGUUUCAAAGAAAAAUCUGCUCCAGUACAAAGGAAGAUUGUGACAAAGACACAAAUAGACGAAUGUAGACGAAACAUUGAACUGCUGAAGACGUCACUUCAGGCUUCGAAACAGUUAGCCUUAAAAGGCAAAUCGGCACAAGAGAGAAUUCGGCGGGAAAACCUGAUUCGAUAUGCAAAAGGGAAGAAACAUCAGGAGAAAAAGAGGCGAAUCAUUGACUAUAUCGUCAAGGUGACUGAUGCGAUCGCCAAAAAGAGGGAAAAGUUGACGGAGCGCCAGGGAGAAGUCAUGGAACUCAGGAAAUCACGCAUUGCAGAUCUCACAACAUAUAUAUUUCCAGUGACAGCAGUUACGAUGGAAAGAAGUACAGGCGCUAUGGGAGAGAGUGACGAUGUAUUGAAAGAGGCGUUACAGGAAGCCAGCCAGAUGGCUUAUGUGCGGGGCAGGUGGAUAACGGCUAGUAGCAGCAGUCAGUACAAGAUAGUAGCUCCAGUUCUGCCGUCAAAUGGGGACUACUCUCAAUAUAAUAUUAUGGUUGCUAAAGCUGCUGAGGAGGGCUCCAGGGAAGACACAAGCCACACAAGCCCAGGGAACACAAUCAUUGCGGGGCUUUGUCACACCUCACAGCUCCUCACACUUCUAGCUUACUUUCUCAGUGUCAGCCUGUACAAGAAACAGUGCUUCAGUGAAUUCUGCUUGGAUGAGGUUCCAGAACGCCAGUUUAAUCGCUCGGUGUCGCGAUUGAACAAGAACGUGCUGUACCUGUGUUUUUCCCAGGGUGUGAGCGCAGAGCGACUGGAGCCUAAACACACACCGCAUAACUUGGUGGAACUGCUGAAUCAUAGUCAACUCGGCAGGAUUGGCUGGUUUGAUGUUGAGCAAGAUAUGAUGGAUUCAGUCGAGGAUUCAAAUGGACAAUCGGACGAGAGUGACGAUGAUUUUAACAACUGUGCGAAAGGGGAGCUGGACUCAGGGGAUUGGGAGACUGUACCGGACAACAUCCCCCUCCCCUCAGCUGCCACUCAGCCAGAGUCCUUGCAAGCCCUUGGAUACGUAUCCCAGGAUAUGACAGACUCAGCCCUCACCGCCAGCAGUGUUCUCUCCUCUGCUUUCAGCACUUUUGGGUCUUACUUCAGGAGAUGAUUGGUUUUAUUGUUUUUUGGGCAAAUUGUUCAGAACUUUGUUUAAAGGCCUAGUUUAAGGAAUGUUUGACAUGAUAAUCCCCUGCUGUGCAUCUCCUGAUACUCAGAUCUGAGAUCUGAUAAGAGGGAUCAAGGCAAGUAGAUUAAGAUCAAUAAACAGAGGCUGUGUACUAUACACAUAUUAUUUAUUAUUUUUUUUUUUGGGGGGGGGGUGUCACUAAGUCUUAUAGAUGGCUUAAACUAGGCCAUAAAGUAAACAACGUGAUAAACAACAUCAUUGCCACGUUUACGUUUAAAGAUAAAACAUUAUCUGAUGUGCUCAUAUAUUUCAAUAAGACUAACACAGCUGAACAUCUUUUUCAAAUAUUUGAGAAACACUACAAAUCACAAAUAUAUCAGUGAAAUUCAAAGAGCAGUAAAGAGACACAAUGAUAUUAGCAACUAUGUUAACUUUGAAGUUCUGAGCAAUCGGCCUAUAGCUUCGUUUUUAUAAGAUUUUAGCAGGGAUAUAAAAAAAUUCAGCAGAUUAUUCAGUCUUUGAAAUUAGUUUAGCUUUAUGCUGGUAUUUGUUUGAAAACCCAAAACAACAAUAAGCAGACAUGACAUGUUGAGUCAUGACAUGUUGUAGCUUGUGACCUCUUAUCUACCGUUUUUAGCUUGUCUAUUUUUGGAAUCAAAAAGUUGAAGUUUUUUCAUAGCCUUGGAGUCAUUGCCAUUGACAUCAUUUAUGUGCAAAGAACAUUUGACAUAACGAAUAAAACUUCAAGAUAUUCAAACAUAUUUAAUAAAACUUCAAGAUAUUCGAACGAAACUUGGUACAGACGUUGAUGGAGACAAUAUGAAUGUGAACUGCAAGGCCCAUAACUCUUGCUUCAAUUAUUGAAGUGAUGUUUGAAAAGCAACAGACAAUUGCUUGUGCUUUCCCUGCAGUUUUCUCAUCCAUCUGUUAAUGUCUCAGACUGUGCUGAUUUUAAAGAUUACAACGAACAUGCCUUACAACCAUCUUCUGAAAACGAACAGUCACAUCUUAAACAUCAUUUUCUUUUCUCCUAUAAACAGGGCAUUAAAUUAUUCUUAACAAAAUGAUUAUUUGUACAUGUAAUUGACCUCUGUAUAGGUAAACAUUCAAUUCAAUUUUUGUUUACCUACAAUAUUGUAUAUUUUUGCAUUCAAUGAGAAAUAAUCAUGCAGCAGGGAUGACCAAAUGAUGUAAAUCUAGCAUUUAGAACAUAGUGUUAACGCUCAUGUCUCAGCCAAUGGAAUCGCUUGAUAGAAUUCUGAUUUAAUAAUUUAGAAAGCCUGUGAUGACUCCCAACACUAUGUAUUGUACACAUGGAAAAAACUGAACAAAACUUCGCUGAAAUAUCAGGCAUGUUUUUCAUUUCACUGUAAAUUUUAGAUAUGCUUUCUUAUAUGUCUGAACAAAAGCAUUGGAUAUUGUUAUUUGCCUUCUCAUAUGAUUUGGUUACAUGUACGGUAGAUUUAUAUUGUUGUCAUACUUGGUGUCAUCAAACUUUUUGGGGUUUUGUUUUCAAUGUUCAUCUUGGCAUACCUAGGGUUGGAGCCAGGUUUUUAAAAAGGACAGUGCUGCAGGAAAGGGACAGGGUGCUGCAGAAAAGGGACAGGGUGCUGCAGGAAAGGGACAGGGUGCUGAGGGAGAAAAGGGCACAUUUUAUCAGACUAUGAAGAACUUGAAUGUAAUGAUUUUGAAUUUUUUAGGAUAAAGUAAUAUCAGGUUUCAACUGCCAAUAUGUAAAAUGUGUAUGUAUUCAUAAUCAAAAUAUACAGGGCAAGUUUUAAACAUUUUUUUAAUUUUUUUAACAGUCUUAACAGUUUAUUCUAUGAAGGCAAUCAGGUGCCCAUGCUGGUCCUCCUGGGGGCAGAAAGGUUCUACCAAAUAUUGACAGAGUGUUCAAUGUAGGAAAUGGGCAUGAACAUCUUAUUUAUUUAGGGGUUCAACUGGUCUACAUUAGAUAACAGUGACUUUUAUAUCUUAAAAUGUUUGUUAGAGCCUGCAAAAUAUGGAACAAUAUUUUGUUUUUACCAAAAUUGCUGGAGUCUCCAAAUUUUUUUAAAAAAUGGCGUCCAAGAUGGCCGCCAAAAAAAAUGAAAAAUACCCAAGUUUAUUUGAUGUUCUACUGAAUUUCAUUUAUGGUAUAAAAAAGCGAUUUUUGGGAUUGAUAUGCAUUGCAGUAUGUGUAAAUGAGCUAUAACUCGAGCAUACAUACAUGUUAACACAAAGAGUUGUUGUUUUGUCGUAGCAUACAUGACAUUGUAUGCGCCAUUUGUUAUUGUUUAUGUCUUUAUUUUCAUCAAAGCAUUAUGAAUGCAAUUUUUAAGUGUUGUUAAAAUAAUUACAUGGAUUAAGAAUCUAAAAUCGUUCAUGUUUUAAACAAUCAUCAUUUUGUAUGUUUACAUGUAAUAUAUAAUAAACUUUCAAACAUAAUUUAAAAGUUUUACUUUAAAAAUAUUUUGUUAAUACUAUGUAUUAUUUUAUAUGGAGUAAUCAAAUAUUGAAUGAUCAAUGCAUCUCAUCCAAUAAUUCAGUAAAACUGCCAGAUAUUGAUGCUUUGUAUUUGUUAAUGAUAGCAAUAAAGGUUGGCAUUUCUUUAAUGAACUUAAGGGGACAUAUGUUUAUCUGUAUGAAUCAGCUUAAAUAUGAUAUUAGGGGUAUACAUGGUCCACACAUUUUCUUAUACCCUUCAGUUUAUGAAUUGUUAUAGUUUUAUGUUGAAGUUAUGUUUAGUGCCAUCCUUUACACCACAGCAUAUUCAAAACCUAUUAUGAAUAUCCUGGGGUGUCGAGGAUGGCUAAGUGUUCAAAUAGUGAAAACUUGAACUCAAAACUGCCUUGUCUAUGUUACAAAUAUUAUUGUGAUAACUUGGUUUCUCUUUGCAUUGAAUGUGCAAUGAUAAUAUCUGACAAUUCUAAAUGUAAAUAUUUAUUACAAGCAUUUUUAUGGUAUUAAAUUUUUAUGAUGCA